AUGAUUCCAGCAAAUCUAAGCUUUCCAAACUAUUUCGUAAUUUUCGGAAUUUCUGAUGCACCGGAGCUGCAGGUUCCCAUCUUUCUUCUGGUUCUGCUCAUUUAUCUUCUCACUCUUGGAGGUAACAUGACCAUUCUUCUUUUGGUCUGCCUGGACCAGCAUCUCCAAACCCCUAUGUACUUCUUCCUGGGUAACUUAUCUAUCCUGGACAUGUCUUCAUCCACUGUCACGCUGCAUAAGAUUCUUACAAGUUUCAUAAUAGGUGUUAAAAAGGUUUCCUAUGUAGCCUGCAUGGCACAGAUGUAUUUCCUGGAAUCUUUUAUUGGACUUGAACUUUUAAUAUUGACAGCUAUGAGUUAUGACAGAUACACAGCUAUAUGUAAUCCUUUGCGGUAUCACAUUCUUAUGAGAAAAAACAUUUGUGCUAUUUUAGCCACUGUAUGCUGGGUGUGGGCGUUUGUUGAGAGCAUACCUCAUGCUAUCAUAAUAGUCCAUUUUACCUGCUAUGUAUCAAAUAAAAUCAAUCACUUCUUUUGUGAAAUGAUGCCACUUAAAACUAUUUCUUGUAGUGACACGUCCAUAUUGGAGAGUUUGACCUUCAGUAUAGGACUUUUUCAUUCAAUUUUUUCAUUUUCUCUUACUUUUAUACCUUAUCUAUUUAUUAUUAACUCCAUACUGAAAAUCCGAUCCAGCGCUGGCAGACAGAAAGCCUUCUACACCUGCUCCUCCCACCUCACAGUGGUCGUCCUGCUCUACAUGACUCUUAUCUGUCAGUACCUGAGACCAAGUCAGGGGGAUAGCUUGGAAUUCAAUAAACUCUUUGCUCUGUUUAACACAGCGGCUGUCCCUAUGCUGAAUCCUCUGAUUUAUAGCCUGAAAAAUAAAGAUGUAAAAUCAGCUCUAAAGCGAAAGCUGAAUAUAGAUGGUAAUAAAGAUUAA